AUGGACUCGAGGUCCACUAUCCAGGCGCAUUGGAAUCGAGAGCCGAACUCACGGAUUGUGUUCCUGAGUUACCAGUGGCUGUCAUGGCACCGCCACGGCCCCAACGCCACGCAGUUCGAGGCCAUGCGCCAGGCAGUCGCACGCUAUGCAGAAUCGAUGGAGCUGACGGUAAGCGAGGUCUACGUUUGGUUGGACGUGCUGUCCAUCCCGCAGCACCACAAGGGUGUGCAGCUUCUAGCCGUGAACUCCCUCUACACGUACGCGUCUUCCGCCGAUGCGCUGCUCAUCGUCGCCCCGGACUCCGUGCAUGCGGAGACCGGGCAGGUGGCCAACCUCCAGACAUACAAAAGCAGAGUCUGGACCCGCAUGGAGCAGAUUGCGCACCUGACGGCACACGAUCUGGGUUCCAUGCUGAUAUCCUCCGAGACCGGGUUGGAGCCGGUCACAGAGCAGUGGGUCCGCGACGUCGUGCGGCUGUUCGACGGUGAGAUGACUUGCUGCAGGCUCAACCACCAUGGCAAGGAUAUCUGCGACAAGGAAACCUUGGUCGUUCCUCUGCUUGGCGUCUGGUUUGUGUUGAGAAGCUGGAUGGAUCAGAAACCAACCGGCGAAGACAACCUCGAGGCACCAAAAGGAGCCCAGCUUGUCUACCGCCUCAUGCGCGAUCAGAUGGACACUGUCUUCCCACCCACGUUCCAAUUUAACACGAAGGCCGGAAUCGAAGAGCGCGAGCUUUUCGGCAGCCUGAUCGAACACCUGGAAUCUCAUCUCCAGGUCCUGAUGUCUGACAGCGACAUGGCGUUGAGAACGGAGGAAGUCCUCCGGCCCCACGGGGCCUCUUUGAGGUCGUGCGUCUCGAACGAGCACGAAGAAGAUGCCGAUGUAAUACAGAUGUGA